UUCAGCGUGCUGUCUGUGUCUGUCCGUGAAGCAGCGGGUCAGAGCUGAAUAUUGCAGAACUUUUUGAAGCUUUUGUCGCAGUUUGACGGUGUUUCAGCAUGGAUGUUGCCGCAGCAACCGCGGAGAAUGCCGCAGAGAUGGUGAAGGACGAGUUGGCUGAAAAAUGCCAGAAGUUAUUCCAGGCUUUCUUGGAGGAGUUCCAGACCGGGGAUGGAGAGGUGAAGUAUGUCCGGGAGGCCGAGGAGCUGAUCCGUCCUGAGAGGAACACCCUGCUGGUGAGCUUCACAGACCUGGAGGGCUUCAACCAGGAGCUGGCCACCACCAUCCAGGAGGAGUACUACAGAGUUUACCCCUUCCUGUGUCGGGCAGUGCGAAACUUUGCUCGGGAUCAUGGAAAUGUUCCUCUCAACAAAGAGUUCUACGUAGCCCUCGAGGAUCUGCCCACCAGACACAAGAUCCGUGAGCUGUCAUCCAUGCGUAUUGGCAGCCUGGUGAAGAUCAGCGGUCAGGUGGUGAGGACACACCCAGUGCACCCUGAACUGGUGAGUGGCACCUUCCUGUGCAUGGACUGCCAGUCAGUGAUCAAAGACGUCCCACAGCAGUUCAAAUACUCCCCGCCAACCAUCUGCAGAAACCCUGUCUGCAACAACCGCUCCCGCUUCCACCUUGACACACACAAAUCCAAGUUCAUCGACUUCCAGAAGGUGCGUAUCCAGGAGACGCAGGCGGAGCUGCCCCGUGGUUCAAUCCCACGCUCCCUGGAGAUCGUCCUGAGGGCUGAGGCUGUGGAGACGGCUCAGGCCGGAGACCGCUGUGACUUCACUGGGACCCUCAUUGUCGUGCCCGAUGUCUCUCAGCUCCGCACUCCUGGUGUGCGAACAGAGACCAGUACUCGUGUAGCUGGAGGACCCCAGGGUUUUGAGUCUGAGGGCUUGAGAGGGCUGAAAGCUCUGGGAGUCAGAGAGCUUUCAUACAGACUGGCCUUCCUGGCCUGCAACGUGGCUCCGACUAACCCACGAUUUGGCGGUAAGGAGCUGCGGGAGGAGGAGCAGACCGCAGAAAGCAUCAAGAGCCAGAUGACGGAGAAGGAGUGGGAGAAAGUAUUUGAAAUGAGCCAAGACAAGAACUUGUACCACAACCUGUGCACCAGCCUCUUCCCCACCAUCCACGGCAAUGACGAGGUGAAGCGCGGCAUCCUGCUGAUGCUGUUCGGAGGCGUUCCCAAGACGACCAUGGAGGGAACCUCGCUGAGAGGAGACAUCAACGUCUGCAUUGUCGGAGACCCCAGUACUGCCAAGAGCCAGUUCCUCAAGCAUGUGGAGGAGUUCAGCCCCAGAGCAGUGUACACCAGCGGCAAGGCCAGCAGCGCCGCCGGUCUGACGGCAGCUGUGGUCAGAGACGAGGAGUCCCACGAGUUCGUCAUCGAGGCCGGAGCUCUGAUGCUGGCUGACAACGGUGUGUGCUGCAUUGAUGAGUUUGACAAGAUGGACCUGAAGGACCAGGUGGCCAUCCACGAAGCCAUGGAACAGCAGACCAUCAGCAUCACCAAGGCUGGAGUCAAGGCCACCCUGAACGCCCGCACGUCCAUCCUGGCUGCCGCCAACCCUGUCAGUGGGCGCUACGACCGCAGCAAGAGCCUGAAGCAGAACGUCAACCUGACCGCCCCCAUCAUGAGCCGCUUCGACCUCUUCUUCAUCCUGGUGGACGACUGCAAUGAGGUGACAGACUACGCCAUCGCCAGACGCAUCGUGGACCUGCACUCCCGCAUAGAGGAAUCUGUGGACAGACUUUACUCUCUGGACGAGAUCCGCAGAUACCUGCUCUUUGCAAGGCAGUUCAAACCCAAGAUCUCCAGCGAAUCAGAAGAGUUCAUCGUAGAGCAGUACAAGCGGCUGCGUCAGCGCGACGGCUCUGGAGGGGUGUCCAAGUCUGCCUGGAGAAUAACGGUGCGACAGCUGGAAAGCAUGAUCCGCCUCUCAGAGGGCAUGGCGCGCAUGCACUGCUGUGACGAGGUGCAGCCCAAACAUGUGAAGGAAGCCUUCCGUCUCCUAAACAAAUCCAUCAUCAGGGUGGAGACGCCCGACAUCAACCUGGAGCAGGAGGAUGAACUGGAUGAGGAGGAGGAGCAGCAGGAGGAGGAUGGAAACGCCAUCCCUAAUGGAGUGAACGGAGUUAACGGCCACGUUAAUGGUGUUAACGGGCACGUCAAUGGAGUCAAUGGCCACGUCAACGGUGUGAACGGCCACGCUGAGUCUGGCAGCCAGCCCAAACCGUCUCUCCGCCUGUCCUUCCCCGAGUACAGACGCAUCUCCAACCUGCUGGUCCUGCAUUUGCGCAGGGUAGAGGAGGCUGAGGAAGAGGAGGAGCUGAAGAAGAGUGCGGUGGUGAACUGGUAUCUGACGGAGAUUGAGUCGGAGAUCGACUCCGAGGAGGAGCUGGUCAAUAAGAAGGGUCUGAUAGAGAAGGUCAUCCACAGGCUGGUGCACUAUGAUCACAUCCUCAUCGAGCUGUCUCAGGCGGGGCUGAAGGGCUCAGAGUCAGCGAGCACGGACGAAGAAGUUGUUCUGGUCGUCAACCCCAACUACAUCCUGGAAGAUUAAACUCCUCUGAAUGCUCCUAUGUAAAACAUACAUAAUAGUAGCACUGGAGAUGUUAUUAGGCUUGCUUUGUGAGUUUAUCAUCUCUGUUGUACAGACAAUUCUGUGGCUCUUAAAAAAAAAAAAAAGGCAUUUGUUA